AAUACAAGGAGUCUCCUCCUCCUAUAGUCAAUUAAUUUAAGGUUGGAUGCAUGCUUUAUGUUGAAACCAAUAUGUCAAUUUUCACAUGCUAUUAGCACCUAGACUUUGUUCUCUUGAGAAGCCUAUUGUUAGCUUACUUCAAGCUACCAGGGAAGCAGUUUCGUCUUAUCUGCAACUGCUAGAAUCGAGUUUUGACCCUCAACAAUGCAACGACAGUUUUCCAGUUUCAAGUUCUUGCGAGAACGAGAACGAGUGUUGCAGGCAAACAUGCAUAAGUAGAAAUGGAUUACCCAACGACGCAGACGUUAUGGCCACCCUCCAGGGCGAUACAUGUUACUGUCAAUUUAUAAUCGAUGAUGGUCCUUGUCCGACUCCGAUGAUUCUUGAGCUUUUGCCUGAAUUGACUGAUUUGGUCAGGAGUGCAUAAAGAACAGAAAUCGUUGAAGGGGCAGAGCAAGACGUGCAUUAAAAGGCUAUGUAGCUGCUCUUUUGUUAGUUAUAUGUCCUUGUAAGUUGUAACUAAUAAUUAAGACAUUUGAUA